AUGGCAGCCAUUUCCUAUGAUCUUUUCUCUGUUGAAACAAGGAUUUUCGUGCAAGCUGCGGCAUCCGAUAAAGUAUGUGGAAACGAUUGUAAAGGAUCGGAAACAACACAAGAAUGUGUAACUCAUUGUCUUGAAUUGCGUUAUAAAAUGGCAAAAUGUGAACCAUAUGGAGAUGGAUCUUCUAGAUCUCGUUGUUGUUGCUCUGUUCCAUUUCUUUCUCUCUGA